CGUGCCAGCCGGCUCUCCCUCUGCGUGUCCUGCGGUCCGGCUGUGGUUCGGCUGUGAGGCCAUGGAGCACAGCCACAUCUUCACCGUACUGUCCACCAACUCCAGCUCUUGGAGUCCUCGCGGUUGCCCUCUCGGACAGUUCCCCAUCAUCUACUACAGUUCCUUGCUGUGCCUCGGCCUGCCUGCAAACAUCCUCACGGUAAUCAUCCUUUCUCAGCUGGUGCUGCGGCGGCAGAAAUCUUCCUAUAACUACCUGUUGGCCCUGGCCGUAGCCGACAUCCUGGUCCUGCUGUUGAUCGUGUUCGUGGACUUCCUUUUGGAGGACUUCAUUCUCGGAGCGCCUCUGCCUCACUCACUCAACAAAGCCGUGCAGGUCCUGGAGUUCUCCUCCAUCCACACCUCCAUCUGGAUCACGGUGCCCCUGACCGUGGACCGCUACAUCGCCGUGUGCCAUCCGCUGCGCUACCACACCGUAUCCUACCCGGCCCGGACCCGCAAAGUGAUCUUGGCGGUGUACGCCGGCUGCCUGAUCUCCAGCAUCCCGUAUUACUGGUGGCCGGAGCUGUGGCACGGACUCCCGGGAGCGAGUAACGGUGGCCGGAGCAGCAGUGCAGGGCAGCACGUGUUGGUUUGGGUUCACUGCGCCACAGUUUACCUGCUCCCCUGCUCGGUUUUCUUCUCGCUCAACGCCAUCAUUGUACGCAAGCUCCGCUGCCGGCGUAGCUGCUUCCGUCUUCGAGGGUACUCAACCGGAAAGACCACGGCAAUCCUGCUGGCAAUCACCUCGGUGUUCGCCGUUCUGUGGGCGCCCCGCACGCUCAUGAUCCUUUACCAUCUUUACACGGCGCAGCCGGCGACGCCUGGCCCGGCCAGAUUGCUGCACUUGGUCACGGAUGUGGCAAACAUGCUCGCGCUGCUUAACACCGGGGUCAACUUCUUCCUGUAUUGUUUCAUCAGCAAGCGUUUCCGCAGGAUGGCCGGGACGGUGCUAAAGGCAUUAUUCCGAUGUAGAAAGCAGCCUCCACCUUUUUACGCCAGUCACAACUUCUCUAUCACCAGCAGCCCAUGGAUCUCACCGGCCAACUCGCACUGCAUCAAGAUGCUGGUCUACCAGUACGACAAGAACGGCAAACCAGUCUGCAUAUCCUCUUGAUCGCCAACUCAAGCGAUGCCUUGCCAAUAUAACCCUGGCUGCUGAGCCGGGCGAGCUUGGGGAAAGUCCUUCCGACUGGUGACAAGCAGAAGGCGUUGAUCGGUUUGUUAGGAAGUGCCUCAAUAAGAGAUCCAAUGUCAGGUUCUGAGACAUCUCGCGGCCAAAAUGAGGUUCUUUCUCUGGCAACAAAACACUUAGAAGUGGUCGUUUUUAACCGAU